AUGUCGUCGCGAAUGAACCAGUGGUUUGUGCUCGGCGACGGCAUCGCCAGAGAGGUCAUCACCGCCGACAUCCAGCGCUAUUUGGGCCCAGAUGCGCUCGGCCGGCCAGGCUAUUGGAUCACCGCAUAUCGAACUCUCACAUCGCAAAUGAUCCAGGACUUGAAGUUGGAUUCACAGCGCUGGCAAGCGGAGAAGGACCGCGACCAGCGAGGACAUGGAGGUGGAGGUAGUCCUUACCUUCGCGAUACUAAGGUGUCAAGACACCCUGACGCAAAUCUAGUGGCAUAUCAGGAUUCGAGAACCCAUGCUUCCAGGCAGCAUUAUGGACCGUCUGAGGGCUAUGCGUCGUCAACCAAGGCUUCGUCGUAUGCUACUCCGUCGUAUGGCGCUAGUGAACAAACCACACACUACACAACCGCUUCCACGCCCGCAUAUACGACUACUCCACAGCAUGGUUACCAGGCUCCUCCCAGUUAUACAGCGCACACCGCGCAGCCAAGGACGGAUCCCUAUGCUAACUACCAGUCAACUGGCAGAGCGGACCAUCCGGCCUAUACUGCUGCCACCCCGCAGUAUUCUUACCCUUCGCAGCCUCAGCCUCAGACGGACCCAUAUGGCCGCGCGACAACCACGACCCAGCACAGUGGCUACGCACCAAGGUAUUUUGGUUACUUCGACGAACGCUUUUUGGUAUAUCGCUAA